AAAAAUAUGAGAAUUUAUGACCGCCCCCAUUUUGUAGACCCGAAGUCCCCAAUCGAAUCAUCCCGUUCUACACUCCAACCCUUCACUAAAUUCCCUGCCUGACAAUUGCUGUAGACUCGGACUGUAAGAUCGUGAAAAUGUACCGGCGUUUAGUCGGAGUUUUAUUCGUGGCCGUUUUGUUGGUCAUGACAUCCGAAGCUUCGCAAUGUUCCAUCCAAGCAGGAUUGCCACUUGUUAGGAAUAUCAGCCAGCUUCCACAAGAUAACUACGGAAGACCUGGUUUGUCUCACAUCACACUGGCAGGUUCAGUACUGCAUGGCAUGAAAGAGGUUGAGGUAUGGCUCCAAACAUUUGCCCCGGGUUCAAGAACACCUAUCCAUAGACACUCUUGUGAGGAAGUGUUUGUUGUACUCAAGGGGAACGGAAUACUCUACCUCGCAUCUAACUCACAUCCAAAGUACCCUGGGGACCCACAGGAAAUGCCCGUCUUCACGAAUAGCACUUUUCAGGUUCCUACCGGUGACGCUCACCAGGUUUGGAACACGGGUGAAUCUGAGGAUUUGCAGGUCUUGGUUAUUAUUUCUCGACCUCCCGUGAAAGUGUUCAUAUAUGAUGACUGGCUCAUGCCACACACUGCCGCUAGAUUGAAGUACCCUUAUUAUUGGGAUGAGGAGUGCCAUAAAGCUUCAUCUUUCAAAGAUGAGCUUUAAGUCUUUCACUUCUUUUUCUAAAAAAACUUCUUUUUGUCAACAAUUACACUAGGUGUAGGGAAAAACACAGUGAAUGGUGGUACAGGGAAUGCUUCAGAUUUAACAAAAAUACCCAUUUAAGUGAGAGCGUGGAGCUACUCUCAUUCAUUUGGAAGUUUGCUUGGCUUGGGGAUUUCAGAGGGAAUGGUAGGGGAGGAUUGUUUUUUAGUUUGCUAAUUUGAUGGAUGUAAUCUAGAUCUAACUAGAAAAUCAGUCAAAUAAUACCUUUCUUUAUAAUUUCAUAUCUUCACUUUAUUUCAAACUUCCAAAAUACAGAAAUCUUUAAAAAAUAAAUACCCCACCCCCCAAAUCUUGAAUCAAAGAAGCCCUUAGAUGGGGAUUCCGGUGUUCCCUAAACCUUCCACUGUGCUUUUCUCUACCCCAGCCUUAGUUUUUUUUUUUUUUCAAUUAAUGCUGCUUGUGUAGGCCAAUGAACUGAGUGCAAGAUGUGCAUGAAUCUUUGUAUUUUGUUCUUGGAUAUGUGUAGAUAGUAAAUGUACAUAAUUUGAGCAUUUGAAUAUAUAACGACUGUAUUUUUGAAAAGAAAAAGGCCUAGCAUCUAGCUGGCGCUUGGAAGGGUCAAACUGAAUUAGUUGGUUCAUUUUUUAGAAAAGCGCUUA